AUGCCACUGACAGCUGAUGUAGCCGCUCAGCAAGUGCAGGAAAAAUUAAGAACCUUGCACAGAUUGAUAUAUGAUAUUGAAUCUGAGAGAGGGCGUAAUGAACAAUGCAUAGAUUCAAUAUUAAGAGCUGAAAAAGCAGCUGAAUCUUCAUCAUCUGCGGAAGAUUCCUCUAGUUCUUCUCAGCAGCAAAUGCAACUAAAGAAUUUAUAUAAGACGGGGCUCACAGCCGCAGAACAAGAAGAGAGAGUUCUCCGAGCAGCUUUAUCACGAAUUUAUGAAAUUAGAGCAAUUAAAAAUGAAAGACGUAUACAGGCGCGUCACGCUGGAAACAAAGAAACAAUAGGAUGCGGUGCUCUAAUGAAGAUGUUGCUAAGUGCAGCGCAAACGUUGCCGCUGCACGUGGGGCGCGUGGGCGAGCGCGCGCCGCCGCUGUGCGGCGCCGUGCCGGCCGACGCCGGUCACGUGGCGCGCCCCGGGGACGCCGUCGCGGCCCUGGUCCGGGUCAGUGAGAAGGAGGAGAAUUGGAUAUUGGCUGAGGUAGUCAGCUGGCUGCCGGCGCAAGGGAAGUACGAGGUGGAUGAUAUAGACGAGGAGCAGAAGAACCGGCACGUGCUGUCCAAGCGGCGGGUGGUGGCGCUGCCGCUGAUGCGCGCGGACCCGCGCACCGACGAGCACGCGCUGUUCCCGAAGGGCGCCGUGGUCAUGGCGCUCUACCCUCAGACCACGUGCUUCUACCGCGCCGUGGUCAAUAGGCUGCCGGCGUCUGCUGCUGACCCUUAUGAAGUACUCUUCGAGGAUUCAUCUUAUGCUGACGGCUACUCGCCGGCAGAGCGCGUGGCGCAGCGAUAUGUUAUUGCAAUCAAGGAAGGCAAGGGCCGCGGCACC